UCAGUAAAAAAUUUCAAAUAAAGCAAACGCUCUUCCACAAUCUAUUUAUUAAGCGGAGCAAUUCCUAUUCUGAAAAUUGAGGGAAACGAGCUUCUCUUUGCUAUGUAGAGAGAGAGAGAGAGAGAGAGAAGCUCAUUUUGAUGAACAGAAAAUGGCGAACCAUCGUCCGUUGAAGCGCCUUUUCCAACUCGAUUCUAGUCUGAGCUUGAUAAAGGGACGUCUGGAGACCUAUCAACAAUAUUUGUGUAGUGUUAUCGCACAACGUUACCUGCAGUCAUCUAAACCAGAGAAAAUGGGUGCAGAUGAUAAUGAACGAAAAGAUGAAAAUCAUGUUGUUAUGAGACCGAAGACAAGUGAUAAUAAGAAAAAUCAGGAAAAACCUCCUGUCAAACUGGCUUCUGAUGAUGAGAUAAAUGAAAGAAAAUGGAGACUGGAGCUUGCGUGGCUAACCCGAGCUCUAGAACCUGCUUUGCAGUUGUAUAGGUGGGCUUUGCCAGCAGGGGAUAAUGAUGUACAACAAAAUGCUGGCAGUCGAUCCUUUGCAGAGAUCAUUGCAAGCCUUCACCGAAGUAAAAAAGGCAUUCAAGAUUGGAGCCUCGGUGAUCUUGCAGUGGGCCUAUACCUCAUCUAUCUUCGACAAGCCUCAACCAAUAAAAUUGAGGAUGUUAAGUGUGUACAGAUCUCUUCUGACUAUAUGGUUCAAGACCUUAUCUACCACACUGAAUUGGCCAAGGUGGCAUACAAGGGAAAUGCUGCAGGGCUUGCACGAAACAGCAUGCUUCGAGAAAAAAAUGUCUUGAAAUUUGUUAAAGAUUCCAGCGUGAUGAGGCCUGGCUAUUAUAUUGGGACGGAUACACGUAACAAAUUAGUGGUUCUUGGGAUUCGUGGAACCCACACUGUUUAUGACCUUAUCACAGACAUGGUUUCUUCAAGCCAUCAGGAAGCUACAUUUGAAGAGUUCUCAACUCACUUUGGAACAGCUGAAGCUGCCCGUUGGUUUCUUUGUAAUGAGUUAGAUACCCUCAGGAACUGUCUGGAGAAACAUCCGGGUUUUGGGUUAAGGUUGGUGGGCCAUUCCUUAGGAGGAGCAACAGCAUCGUUACUGGCAAUUAUGCUGAGGAACAAAUCGAAAAAGGAGCUAGGGUUUUCUUCUGACAUUGUAUCAGCUGUUGGAAUUGGAACUCCUCCUUGUGUAUCAAAAGAACUAGCUGAAAGCUGCCGGAGCUAUGUUUCCACCGUUGUGCUGCAGGAUGAUAUUAUUCCUCGGUUAAGCCCAGCUGCAUUAGCAAAGCUGCGUAAUGAAAUCCUUCAGAUUGACUGGAUGACUAUCUUAGAGAAGGAAGAUUGGAGAAGUGUGGUGGAUCUAGUAACAAAUGCCAAGCAAGUUGUGUCAUCUGUACAAGAUGUAGCUCGGAAAUGCGCUGAAUAUGCAACUUUCAGUAAAAAGAGAAGCUCUUCAGGUGCAGACAUCCUCGCAAUGGACAUAGAGCCUGCUGAUAGCUUGAAUACUCCUCGAGAACCACUUCCCUCACCUCACCUCACUCUUAAAUCCCAAGGAGCAGCACAUGCUGAACUGUUUGCUCCCGGUACCCUGUAUCACGUGAGAAGGAAGGUGGAUGUUGGUUCUGGCAAUGGCAAAGGGAAGGAAUCUUACACACUUUGGAAGGCACUCCCUGGUGAACAUUUUGAUAGGAUAAUCCUUUCCAGCAGCUUGAUUUCUGACCAUAGAUGCGAUAACCAUUACUAUGCUCUUAGAGAUGUGCUCAAGGGCAUCCCUAGCUCUCACCAUGCAGGUGCAUAUUAAUCUGAAUCCUGCAAUUACAUACUGUUUUUUACUUUUUGGGAAAGAAAAAUAGGGUUUGGUGGGAUCCUGAUGGAUAUAUCAAUUUAUCCAAGAGCGUAUAGUACGAUUAGAUGCAAGGAUCAUCCAUCAUUCACCAAGGUAAAUGCUCUAAAUCCACUGACACUUUAAAAGUUCAGUGGGUUUGGACAUGCUACUUAGAUGGGUGAUCUCGAACUCUGUUGAGGCCUAAACAUAUAAAGAAUUUGAAGGAAAUGGAGAAAGAAAUAUCAUCUUGUAUCCAUAAAUUCCCUAGAUGUCAAAAAUUCACCAGCUGGGACUUUUUUUUGGUGAAGUUAAUAAUGGAUUAAUGUUGAGGGCAGUACUUGUAAAGAGGUGGACAUGGAGCAUUAUUUUUCCUUUCCUUUCCUUUUGAAAUUGGAAAGUUGAAGAUCAAGUUUCUUCAUGAAUUUAUGAUCUGUACAUGCAACACACUAGAUGCCAUGUAUGGCCAAGCUAUAGAUUGAUUUUUGGUUGUUCUUGGGAAGCAAUAUCUUUUAGAAUUAAAAUAAAAAUAAAAAUUGAAGUCUCAA